AUGAAUUUUAACACAAGCAAUCUUUCUGUUAAGAAUAGACUACGAAGGUCUAAAGAACUCAAGAUAUUCUUUAACCGUAAGAUAUCAACAUUCCAGCGGGGCCAAACCACUGACAAGGUUAAGCCUUCAUUUGGAGAUGACGUCAAAGCCUCGGAAGUUUUCUUAGAUCAUGAAUACCUCAAGUCUUUGCUAAUUAAAAGAAAGCCUUUGAGAAGUUCCAAAUAAGUCAAGGUUUCAGACAAUGACACUUGAUAAUUUUGGCAUUCACAAUACUCCUUCUCAUAUAAAGAACAACUCAUCAUUAAAUAGUAAGCCUAAGCGUAGGAAGUGAAGGAAGGGUUCUCCUUUGAAGUCAGAGUCUCGGAAUUCCAAGAAUCCCUUUAAGCAGAUCAGUCUAGAUGCAAAUUCUCAUGAUUACCAGAUGACCAAGUUGUAUCAUCCCAAUAUGAGCUUAGAAGAUGAGAGGAAUCAGAAAUUAUUAGAUUCUAAAUAAAUCCACAAGUAGUGCUUCAGAGCAUUGAAACUCCUUCUCUGGGGGUUCAAAGCCUCAUAGGAAAGGCAAGGCUUCGGAUAUUCUCUCCUUGGUGCAUAAUGCAGAGAGAAACAGAGCAUCGACAUCCCAUUCUAAAACUCGGAAACGGACGAUUGUUUAUCAAAGCAGAGGGAAAAGCCGUGAAAUAAAUAUCAAGAUUACUGAUAAUUAAAUUAUCUCUAGGAGUAAGAGAUCCUAAAAAUUCCACAAUUUUUCACAGGAGUUCAAGUCCUCGCAAAGGCUCGAGCUCAGUGAUGAGCAACAAAAGAGUCCUCCGUCUAGAAAAGGUUUAUAAAGACCUUGUUAGAAAAAGUCUGGGGAGACGAAGUGAGCCUCCUAAAUUCCUAGAAAUUUCGAAUUCUCAGCAGAAACUUUGUAGUUAUAUUAAAGGAUUUGACCAAUUUUUUCAAACCAUGCAAGGCAGAAAUAGUGGUUACAAAGAAAAACCACAUGAAGGUCAUACUCAGGAGAUAGAUGACGGAUUCGAAGAUCAAGUAUGAGAAAAUAAUUCUGUAAAAAGUAGAAACAGCCAACAAAAGAUCAUAAGCGUUCGCUUCAAUUCUACCAAGGACUAUUCAAAGGAUAUACACUCUUCAGAGAGGAGCCACCUUGAAUCAGUCAUUGAUGCAAGGUAUUCUACAAAGAAUGAAAUCAAGAGACCUCAACUCUAGACCAAUUACAGGCGGGCUCUGUAAAAUUUUCAUUUGCCAAAAAUGCAAAGAAGCGAAAGAAAGCUCCUCAAAAUCCAAAUAUGAAUAUAGGAGACGGGCUGAUGGAUAAAUACAAUCAAUUUAAACACCAAUUUGGAAGGAAGUAUAUAAUUCAUGAAUAUGAUCCUCCAGUUCUCCCUGAAGAGGGUAUCUCUCAGAAAGAAAUGAUAAACUACUAUCUCACAAGUCGACCGUAUCAAAUAAAUUCACAUUUGACAGACUGAGUUAAAAGAAUCAUCAAAAUUCAAUACAAAGGAUAUCUACUGGAUAUUGAGAAGAUAGGCAGGUUUUGUAAAACUAUUGAAUCCCAGACCUCCAGUAGAUUAGCUCGUAAAAAGAUAGGAAUAGAGAUUCAUAGAAUAGAGAAACGACUGAGUGCUUACAAGAAAUAUACAAAUUUGGCUCAAAAUUAGUACUAAAUUUCAAUAUUCUA